UCUACAGCCAUGGAUAUUCACAGGACGGAAUGGAAAGUCCUCUUAAGCCGUAUUUGGAUGGCUCUGGCGAUGGUUUACCUUAUAUCUAUGGUCUACAGGAUGGUAAAAGUCCGACUACUCUUCUACCGCCUUAAACGUAAAGCCAUGCCAAUGUACCCCUGGGAUCCUAUCUUUGGAAACAUCCGAGUUCUUGCGGCUCUUAGCAAAAGGGUCCCAAAAGAUGCCAGGCAAGCCGAGGCUUUUGUAGCCCUCUCAUCGGAAGGUUCUGGAAUAGAAAGUUGCUUUUAUAUCGACGUUUGGCCUUUUGGAUUCCCCAUGCUUGUUGUAAUCUCACCAGAGCUUGCAGUUCAGGCCUGCCAGACUUAUGACCUUCCCAAGCCAGAUGCGCUCGCUCCAUUUAUUACCCCGAUGGCUGGUGGACCGAGCUUUUUCGAUACCAACGGGGCAGAGUGGAAACGGGGACGUGGGACUUUCAACUACGGGUUCAGUGCACAGGCCGCUAUAAAACAUGUUCCGCAUAUUAUCGAGGAGGCAGAAGUGUACGUCGCUGUUCUUCGGCAACACGCAGAGACGGGUGAUACAUUUUCGCUGGAUGAAAUCACCUGCAAUUACGUGAUGGAUAUUAUUGGCAAUAUCGCAUUGAAUACUCGAUUCAAGAGCCAGACAGGACAUAAUCCUAUCGCUGCGGCUAUGAGAAAUACCAUUGACUGGGAGUUUCAGAUCGAAACGGGCAAUCCAUUCACUCGGUUGAAUCCUAUGCGAUUGUUCAAGCAGUGGUCCAAUGGGCGUACAAUGAACCACUACAUCGGGGUGGAACUAGACAAGCGCUAUCAGGAAUGGAGGCAAGGUGGACUAUCCUCGUCGACAACCAAAUCUAUUAUGGAUCUUGUUAUUGCUCAAUACAUGAAGACGAGACCGGCAGGACCUAGUAUUGACCCCCAGUUUAAGGCUUGGGCUACUAUUCAAAUCCGUCUUUUUCUCUUCGUCGGACAUGACUCUACCGCGGUGACUAUCGUCUAUUGUCUGUAUCUUCUGUCUAAACAUCCUGAGAUAUUAGUCCGUGUUCGUGCAGAACAUGAUGGAAUAUUCGGCUCGGAUUUAUCCAGCGCCGCUGGGCUGCUCAGGCAGCGUCCAGAGCUCAUCAACCGGCUUCCAUAUACCCUCGCGGUGAUCAAAGAAACGCUGCGUCUUUUCCCGCCAGCAAACGGACUCAGGCAGGGUCUUCCAGGAAUCUCCCUUCGCGACAAGAACGGUACGGAAUUCCCUACUGAAGGGUUUGCCAUCUGGAUUGUACACAGUGCCGUUCAUCGUAAUCCCGAAUCUUGGCCAGACCCGCAUUCCUUCAUACCUGAUCGUUGGAUGGUCGAACCUGGUCACCACUUGUACCCCCCUAAUGGUGGAUGGAGGCCUUUCGAACAUGGGCCUCGGGACUGUAUAGGCCAGAAUAUAGCUCUCCUUGACAUUCAGAUUACACUGUUGUUAACAGUCCGCGUGUUUGACUUCCGAGAUCAGUAUUCCGACUGGGAUCGCCUGCAUUCCUCUCAUGGGAUCAACACUAUGUUCGGCGAGCGGGCCUAUCUUAUCCAAAAAGGGUCCGGCCACCCGGCUCAGGGAUUUCCAUGCAAAGUGAGUCUACGA